AUGUCUCAACCUUCCGUCCACCAACUCUACAGACGUCUCGAGACAAUUGGCAAAGGCGCCUACGGAUCUGUGCAUAAAGGAGUGCACAUCUCCACCGGUAACGUCGUAGCUUUAAAAAUCAUCAACCUCGACACAGAAGAUGAUGAUGUCGGCGACAUACAACGUGAAGUAGCCCUGCUCACACAGCUCCGCGAUGCCCCCAAUGUCACCCAGUACUUUGGUUGUUAUCUUGAUGGCCCCCGGGUCUGGAUUGUCAUGGAGUAUGCUCAAGGUGGAAGCGUACGCACCCUCAUGAAGGCCAGCAUGGACGGCGUCCUCGAGGAGAAGUAUGUGUCGGUCAUCACGCGCGAGGUUCUCAUGGCCUUGGGUUAUCUGCACAAGUCGAACAUUAUCCAUCGCGACCUGAAGGCCGCCAAUAUCCUUGUCACCGCUGCUGGUAAAGUCAUGAUAUGUGACUUCGGUGUUUCUGCUCUACUCGUCACUGCGUCCAGCAAGCGAAACACACUUGUAGGCACGCCUCACUGGAUGGCUCCCGAAGUCGCACAUGCUUCCUCGUAUGAUACGAAGGCAGACAUAUGGAGCUUGGGUAUCUUGAUAUACGAGAUGAUCAAAGGGAGUGCGCCUAACUCGCACAUUGUGGACCAAGUGAAGCUCGUUCAAAUGAUCCCUAGGAUGAAGCCUCCCCGAUUGAUUGAGGGAGAAGGGAGCAAGGAGUUGCGGGAGUUUGUCUCAAAUUGCUUGCGGGAAUUACCUAACGAUCGACUAACAGCAGAUGAGCUAUCAAGGACAAAGUGGAUCAAGUCCGUCGCGAAGGUACCUGUCACAACCUUGAAGGAUCUGAUUCUUCGCUAUGAUGCGUGGACAAAGGGUGGCGGAACGAGAGCCAGCAUGGCAGGUGCGCUGCCUUGGGAAGAGGAUGAAGAGAGAGAGUAA